AUGGCAAAGGAGAGGAGUUCUAACAGAAGCGGUGGCAGGUUUAGGAGGGGUGGGCAAUCUGAGGAGAUUCCAGUCAGGGAGGGUGAUGGUCCUAUGUCAGAAGAUGAUGAUGAGGAGAGUGAGGAUGAGGACUUUUCUGUAUCUGAUGAGGGGGAAGAUGAUGAUGUGACACAGUUUGUGGAUUCUGAUGUGGAGGAGGAAGACCUUUUGGAAGUGGAUGUGGGUGAAAAGACCUUUGAGAAUUCAUUAGACGGGGAAUCACAUUUGGAUAAGGUGUACAAGAAUGGAAAACUUGUGGGGGAGAUGCUUUAUGGGGAGAUUAAACUGGAACCUUGGAUGAUUUUCUCAAGCAAAGAACAUUUCCUAGAGGUGUUAAGGGAUUUCUGUAUCCAAGAAGGGUUUGCUUUGACUCCGGAUAAGCAUGAUUCCAAGAGGUUCACAGCAAGGUGUUAUCAAGAACAAUGCAACUGGAGGAUUCAUGCAUCUAUGCUCAUGGAUGGGGUUAGUUGGGCAAUUAAGAGUGUGACAGGGGAGCACAAACUGUGUGGCAGAUUAGAUUCUAACCCCAUGGUUAGUUCUGAGUGGUUGUGUAAGAAACUCAUGGAGGAUAUUAAAUCUAAUCCUGACUAUCCUGUUGAGGGCCUACAAGAAAGAUGCAGGGUGAUGUUUAGGAUUGAAGUGAAGUUGAGGUUGUUGUAUAAGGUUAGAAAUAUGGCUAAGGAGUUGAUUCAUGGGGGGUUUAGUGAGUCCUAUGGUCUGCUGCCAGCUUAUGCAGAGAUGAUCAAGAGGACAAAUCCCGGAAGCUAUGCUCUUGUGACAUGGACUAAGGAGAUUGUUGGUGCAACCCCUCACUUUAAGUCAUGUUUCUUUUCCUUUGCUUGCAUGAUCAAGGGGUUUUUUGAAGGUUGUAGGCCAAUUAUUGGCAUUGAUGGUGCUCACCUCAGUGGAACCUACAAGGGACAAAUGCUCACUGUAAUUGCCAUAGAUGGGAACAAUGAGAUAUUCCCAAUUGCUUAUGGGAUUGUUGAUGGAAAAACUGGAGACACUUGGGCAUACUUCUUCAGAUGCUUGAGACAAAUGUUCAGAAACUUUGGUGUGCACAGAGAGGACUGGACUUUCAUAAGUGACAGAAUGAGGGGUGUGGAUGGUGCUGUUUAUGAAGUGUUCCCCCAAGCAACAAGGAGAGUGUGUGCCCAACACUUGUACUCCAACUGUAAACAAGCUGGCUGGUAUGGAACUGCCUUCCAUAAGUCCUUCUGGGUUGCUGCAAAUGCAUACAACCCAUAUGUGUACAACAAGGCAAUGGAGAAGAUUGCCAAAAUUGAUCCAAAGGCUGUGGAUUAUCUGUCCCAAGUGCCAGAGCAGUGGUCAAGGCACAAGUUUGAACCACAUGUGGUUUGUGAUCACAACACCACCAAUUUUGUUGAAUCUUUCAACGCUUGUACCAAGCCUUUUAGAGACAUGCCAGUGUACACUCUGAUGGAAGAGGCUAGGAGUUGGUGUAUGAAGAAGAUUGGGUCUAGAUUUGACAAGGCUGUAGAAAUGGGGCCAAACCAAUUGACUGAAUAUGCUGCUGGGGUAUUAGAAGAGAGGAGUCAACAGUCUAGGUUUUGUUCUGUAACAGUUGCUGGGGGAGGGGAAUAUGAAGUGAAAGAGGGGGCUGUCAAAUACCCUAUUAAGUUUGAUGCAAGGACUUGUGGUUGUGGAGUAUGGCAAAUAUCUGGCAUACCUUGCAGACAUGGCCUUAGGGUUAUUUACCACCAAAGACUUGAGGCUACUGAUUUUGUGUCUCACUACUUCAAAGGGCAAGCAUACAAGUUAACUUACUCAGAGCACAUACACCCCAUGCCUGACCCAACCCAAUGGCCUUCUUUUGACCUUCCUAUUAUCCUCCCACCACCCAUGAAGAGAGCAUCUGGUAGACCCCCUAAACUGAGAAAAAGAGGUAAACAUGAUCCAAAAAGGGGAAAGAGAAAUAGCACUGUGAGGUGUGGUAAGUGCAAGGAGGUGGGACACAAUGCAAGGACAUGCAGAGGUGGGGCCACAGCAAAGCAAAAGAAGGCUGCUGCUGCUGCUGCUGCUUCUGGUUCUGCUGGUGCAGCUGCUGCUGGUGCUUCUGGUUCUGCUGGUGCAGCUGCUGCUGGUGCUUCUGGUUCUGCUGGUGCAGCUGGUUCUGGUGCAGCUGGUUCACAGCAAGGGGGAGAUCAAGGUGCUUCCAGUUCACAGCAACAACGUAAUGCAUCAAGCGUACUUGAUUUUGUGAUUUAUGCAUAA